AUGUCUACAACCUCUUCUAUCGAUACCAACACGACUACCACCGCUGCCGCUCCUUAUAAAGUCAACCCCGAGCAAGCCGUUGCAUUUGCUACUCUGAUCCUCGCUGAUGAUAACCUCGUUGUCACACCCGGGAAGCUUCAGACUCUUCUCAAGGCCGCCGGCAUUACGGAGGUCGAGCCCAUCUGGACUAAGCUUUUCGCCGAUGCACUCAAAGGCAAGAAUAUCAAGGACAUCCUUACCGUAGUCGCCACUUCCAGGCCAGCUGGAGAUGAAGCCCUUGAUCAUGGCUGCGACUGUGAUGACCGCAAGAACGGCGCCUCUGAGCCUGAUGGUAUGGAUGUUAGGGCUGGCUCUGAUAGCGACGAGGAUGCCAUGUGCACAUUUGGAUUCUUCGAUUAG